UUGCAAUUCAACUAUUGGAGCUCAAUCUCUACUCAUCUUUUUUCAAAACAAGAUAAUAUCACACUUCUCUCUCUAAAAACUCAAACCCUAUCUCUCUCUCUCUCCUCUUCUUGAUUUCAAAGUUCAUUUUUCUCUUUGUCAAUUUGCUUGAUGAUCAACAUGGCAUCCAAGAAAAUGUUUGCGCAUGCAAAAAGAGCUUCCAGCAGCUACAUUUUUGUAAACCCAGAAGCUGAAACUAGUCAAGUAAUUUCCCAUUCUGACGAUCUUUUUGAUUUUGAUGAAGCUGAUCUUUGGAGUAAUAAUAAUAAUAAUAACAAUUCUAGUGGUGCUGCAGUUUCUCGUCAAUUUGAGGUCAAGAAAAAGCUACCGAGAAAAGGUAGCAGCGGCGGCGGUGGAGGUGGUGGUGGUGGUAGGAACAUGGUGAUGGCUAGAACUCCGGUGAGCUGUGCUUCCUCACUUCCGGUGAACGUUCCAGAUUGGUCAAAGAUUUAUCGGGUCGUUGAUCACAGAGGUCAUAAUGAUAAUGAUAAUAAUCUUGAUGAUCAAGAAAGUGAUUAUGAGCUUGAUCUUGGUGAUCAUGGCGGCGUCCACGGCGGUGGCGGUGGUGAUCAUGAUAUUAGGGUUCCGAUACAUGAAUAUUUAGCUAGAAGAAGAGGUGCUUCAUUUUCUGUUCAUGAAGGAAUAGGAAGAACAUUGAAAGGGAGGGAUUUAAGGCAGGUGAGAAAUGCGAUUUGGAAGCAAGUUGGUUUUGAAGAUUAAUACUAAUUGAUUAGCAGAAGAAAUAAUUAUUAGAUAGCUAUUGGAGAGAGUUAUUUAAUUAAGGAUUGAUCUUGAUGAUGAUCAUGCAUUUUCUUGGAUAGGUUUGUUUGUAAUCUUGUUAUUAUCUUUUUAUUUGUUUUAAUUAGUUAGGUGGUUAAUUAAUUAUCUAAUUAAUCAAUUAUGUCUCUCUUCUGGUUAAGGAUGUUUUGAAUGUAUAAUCAGAGGAUGACUGCUUUUUCUAUUGAUUUUUUAGAUGUUCAAAGUUUGUAUUAAUUAAUUAGAAAAUCAGAUUAAUGAUAAAGAAUUUCACUAA